AUGAGCUACUACGGCAGCUACUAUGGAGGCCUGGGCUAUGGCUAUGGAGGCUUCGGUGGCCUGGGCUAUGGCUAUGGCUGUGGAUGUGGCAGCUUCUGUAGACUGGGCUAUGGCUCUGGCUAUGGAAGCUGCAGAUACAGCUGCUGCCAACCAUCUUGCUAUGGAAGAUACUCAAAUUAUGGAUUCUACUGA